UUCCUCUGCGGUCGUCACUGCAUAAGUCUCUUCGCUCGCCCGCGUUCACCCUCUCUCGGAAUGUAUCACAGAAUUUUACAACACCCUCUCCGGAAGAACCCAACGAAAAAUCCACGUCUAUUCAUGAAGAGAUACCACGCCCAUCGUCAUCCGCGUUGACGGAGAAGCCCGUUUCAGCCCCGGAUCCCUCGUCAGAGCUGAAACAACGCAUACGGAAAUUCGUCGACGAAUCGUUGCUCAAAGCUCGCACCCGGGCAGACGAGUUCUCUGCGGCUGCAAAAACCACGUUCUCCCAGCUGGGUUUGCAGCUGAACAAAGUAACGGGCUAUGAGGAGAUUGAAGCGCUGAAGCGACGCGUCGUAGAACAGGAGGCCAGUAUCAACAAUACCCGCGAAGCGGCACGACAAGCAAAGGCAGCAUACGACCGGGCGGUCGCCCAGCGUUCUGACUCCCAGAGAGAGAUUAACGACCUGUUGCAGCGCAAGUCGCUGUGGAAUCAAGCAGAUAUCGCGCGUUUCACUACUCUGAUACCGCAGGACCAUGUAUUGGAGCAGGCCGAGGCGCAAGCACGACUCAAUGUGCAGGAAACGGAAGAUGCUGUUGAACGCGAAUUUACAGGUCUCAUGCGCACCAUCUUAAACCGCUACCAUGAAGAACAAGUUUGGUCCGACAAGAUCCGUAGUGCCUCGACUUACGGGUCUCUCGCUGCGCUCGGGCUCAACUUGUUCGUUUUCGUCACGGCCAUUAUUUUCGUGGAGCCGUGGAAGAGAAAACGUCUUGCGGCAACAUUCGAAAAGAAGAUCGAAGAAAUGAAUCGGGAAAACGAAGCCAUGACUUCGUCCAACAUGCGCGAAAUCCAGCUGAAGUUGGAUGCGCAAACGCAACUACUGGCACGGACUAAGAUCCCGAUCCCAGAGAUUGUCAUUUCGCCGACGCCUGUGGAGGAUCGCGAGCUUGGCUCCGAACCGGCUCUUCCUGUGGAACUAUACCGUCGAAUCUGGUCCAAAGCCCAAGAUCCGGAAGUGGGUGGCACGAUGCUUGGCGCAGCCGCUGUUGCUGGGAUCGUAGGGUGGUUGAUGAGGACAUGGGUGGGUAAUUGAAUGGCUCAAUCCCGAGCCGGAGAUGAGUCUCUUAACACGCGCCGCGUGCGCUGGAGACUAGUAGCACUGGAAGCAGGGCUCAUAGUACUUGCUCGUCGGUCAUCAAAAAUCGGAUCCAACAUGUAGAUUAAUAUGAUCGGUGAUUUGACCUCAUCUCCCAUCUACGAGGAGUUGGCGUCCUUGAUCUCGAUUCCCAGCACGGGCUCACCUUCUGGGUCAUUGAGACAGGUCAUGUCUGCCACUGAGGUUCCCAUGAGUACACCCAGCUAAAUCUGAAUUCAGCUGCUCUGCUCAUUAGUGGAUCAUCAUCCCUGCAUGAUUGAUGGCGAAGUCCGUUGGCUCAGAAGUUAUCGUGACUCUUUGUGUACAAAUGCCCACCUUGAACUCUCUGUUUCCCGAAUUGUUAUUCGAGCUACCGGCAUACCUUCAUUCCGUAGAGGAUCGGCUUGCCAUCUCUUCGACCAGCAGGACGUUGCACGCGAUAUGCUCCAACCCUGAUCCCCGAGUAAUCCUGCGUCUCGCUUCCAUCUCCGGCCGUGUCUUUUUCAGACCGCACCCUCACCUACUCAUUGCUGCAACGGCGCGUCGGCUGUCAGACUGGGCUGUCGAAAGUGAGGGCCGUCGCCGUAGUCUGGAAUAUGCCUUCCACGGUGGAGUUGAAAAGCUUCUGGAACUUGCAGUUGCUGUGACUGGACUCAGUAUGGAAAAUAUCCGUCGACUUGGCGCCUACCGUUGCGACGUCCUGAACCAGCUCAGUCGGGAACUAGAUCUGGCGGCAGGUCCAGCAUCCAGAGCAGAUGCAUUCACAGUGUGCAAUGAUCCUGAAACCACCCUCCUCACCUGGGCCAUCUACGAGGAGCUUUCACAUCAGAAUGCAGAGCUCAGCUAUCUGCCUUUCCCGC